AUGUCUGAUAUUGGGCUGCAAACGUCUGCUCUCUGCAGAGAUAUUGCAUCAGACCGGCGGGAGCUGGCCAAACUUGGCAUCACACACAUCCUCAACUGUGCCCAGAGCAAGUGGCGCGGCGGAGCCGAGUAUUACGCCGGCAUGAACAUCACCUACCACGGCAUCGAGGCUCACGACUCGCCCACCUUCGACAUGAGCGUCAACUUCUAUCCUGCUGCUGAGUUCAUCCACAAAGCCCUCACGAGCGGAGGUAAGGUGCUGGUCCACUGCACUGUGGGAGUGAGCCGCUCAGCCACGCUGGUUCUGGCGUACCUGAUGAUCAGACAGAACCUGACGCUGGUGGAGGCCAUCAAAACAGUCAAGGACCACCGCGGCGUCACGCCCAACCGGGGUUUCCUCCGCCAGCUCAACGGCCUGGACGGCAUCCUGAGGGAGAGCCGUAAGACGUCGCCGCAGAGCUGAAAACACACACACACACACACACACACACACAACCUGAGGUAGCAGCUAAACUGGUGACACUGGGGGAGGUAACGGGACCAAGUAAGGAGCAGCUGGUGGGUUUUUGACACUGUGGCAGCAGGUGAUAGCAGAAUUUGAUAUCAAUUCAUUUUUAUUUCUUAUUUAUUUGAUAUUGUUGUUUAUUUGUGUUUGAGAUUUUGAAACAACGCGGAUUGCUAAAAUCCGAGUAAAAUGCUCUCCCUCUACUUUUUAAUCAAAUUUCAAACCACUCCUUUUGACUUAAACCUGAUAUUUUGCCACCAGUUCACCUCCAGAAAAAAACUCAGUUAAAGUUACUAAUACGUCAGUAUUUUUCAACCUGGACUUUUAGUUUUGUUUGAGUCACCUUUGACUCAAGUGUGUUUUAUGAUGGUGGGUUUAAUGAUAGCAAUUAUGGUCUGUUACUAGUUUAACACUUUAAAAUCUGAGCAAAUAUGGGAGAAGGCGACAAGCUUCCUAACAAGACAUGGGCCAAAAGUCUAGCUAAAAUUUUGUUAAAAAAAAAAAUUACGAGAAAUUUACCUGAAAAUAAACAAAGAGUAAAAACAGAAUCAUGACUU